GAAAUGUCUUUAUCAAGUCUCCAAUUUCCUCCCUUUUUCCCAAUUGGAAUUUUCUUUUAUCUUUUUCCCCUUCUUUUCCAAAAAAAAAAAAAGCAAAAAUCUUUAUAUACAUAUAUAUUUGUUCUUCUCUCUUCUCAACUGUCCUCCGUGUUGAACUCGCGUUUUAGCAGACAAAGGAGAAAUCAAAAAAGGGUGAGAGAAGGUAGUUUCUAGAGAGAGAAAAAAUCGCAAACCCACUUUUUAGAGAGAGAAAUAAUCAAACUGUACCGGAUUAUUCUCGGAGAAAAUUUACCAAAGUUUCCGUCUUUGUACACUCAUUGUAAAUCGAUUUAAGGGGUUUUCGGUGCCGAUCGGGUUCUAGUUUUAUUUAUUUUCAAUUGAAAAAAUUGUUUGAAUUGAAUUUUUGUGACAGAAAAAGAAAAAGGAAAAAAGAGGUAUUAGAAUUUGCUUGGAAUUAAAAAGGAGGUUUUUUUUUAGGUUGAACGAAUUUGACCAACAAGAUGGUUGGUUUGUGAUGUAAUAUGGCCUUGGUUGGUACAGAUAAAGAUAUGUCUUUUUACAUUGGUCGCGAGGCUUCUAAGUUGUGGAAGAGAUUUUGUGCGGAGGUGACAACAGAGAUCAAUCUUCUAGCUGAAAAUUGGAAAUAUAUUCUGGGUGGUUUGAUUUGUCAGUACAUUCAUGGACUUGCUGCUAGAGGGGUGCAUUACUUUCAUCGGCCUGGACCAAUUCUUCAGGACGUCGGCUUCUAUCUUCUUCCGGAGCUUGGACAAGAUAGAGCUUACAUAAGUGAAACUGUAUUCACCACCGUUUUUCUAUCUUUUGUCUUGUGGACGUUCCAUCCUUUUAUUUUCAAGACCAAAAAGAUCUAUACAGUUCUGAUAUGGUGCAGGGUGCUGGCAUUCUUAGUUGGUUGUCAACUCCUUCGGAUCCUAACGUUCUAUUCUACACAGCUUCCUGGUCCUAAUUAUCACUGUCGUGAGGGUUCAAAGCUUGCCACGCUUCCUCCUCCUGACAAUAUUUUACAAGCGCUAUUGAUUGUUCCUCGUGGUGUGCUUUAUGGUUGUGGUGAUCUAAUAUUUUCAUCUCAUAUGAUAUUCUCCCUAGUCUUUGUGCGAACGUAUCAGAAAUAUGGAACACGAAGGUUUAUAAAACAGUGUGCUUGGUUAGCUGUUAUUGCACAAAGCUUAUUGAUUAUUGCAUCACGCAAGCAUUACACUGUUGACGUUGUUGUAGCAUGGUACACUGUCAACCUUGUAGUGUUCUUCAUUGAUAAAUCAUUACCAGAACUGCCUGAUCGCACUAGUGCCUUGUUGCUUCCGGUGACCAAGGAUAGCAAGUCUAAAGAAGAGAAUCACAAACUGCUGAAUGGGAACUUGGGAGAUCCUGCAGAAUGGAGGCCCAGAACCCAAAUCAACGGGAAGAUUGUGGAAGAUGGCAAAACAGUACAUGAAGCAGUGAUUAAUGGUGUAUAGACGAAUGCCACUAACUGAUGCUCUGGUACAUAGACUGGUAACAAUGCCAUUAUGGUGAAUCAUUCCUGGUGUUCUUCCAAGUUGAAUAGUUUUGGUUUUAGUGUAGGAUCCGAAAUGAAGGUUGAUUUGCGAUGCUAUCUCGAUGUCUCCACGUCCCCGUUGUGAUUAAAUUUAAUGUUGAUCAAAAUGUAUCAUGGAAUUAAUUUUAUUUUUUGGUUAAUGCAAAUUAUUUUAUCAAA